UUCUUGCUAACCAAGGUCGAGACGGAUCUCGCUCUAGGCCGCCAAGCACUCGUGUUUCUCAUGAUCAACGGCCUUGAAGCGGAAAAAUCUCUCUUCCUCCGCUACGUGACCUACGACGAACUGCAAAAGGACUUGAAGAACUUCAUCGCCUACAAGGAAGUCGCAGGUCCAACCAUGCGCAUGAUGGAAAAAUUCUACCAAAAUCUUUACAAGGCCGCCCGCAGCAAAGUGUUACCCAACCUGCCUAUGUCAUUUUGGAAAGGCUGGGAGGUGGACAAGCUGUGGAAACUGGAGGCGCAGAUACAAAACGAGUUCGCAGGACACGAGCAGGUCGAGGUCGCCGUCUCUUACCUGGACGCGAACGCAUUCGCACAAGAAACGAGCAAGACUAUCCUAGAGAAGCUCCUGAUCUACGUCGGCGAAGCGACGUCAGAAACGGAAGCUAUGCGCAUCACGGCCUCCUAUAAUUUUCUUCUGAAUGGCCUUGAUAAAACCGAAACUGUGUUCCACAUCGUGCCCCUCCUCAUGUAUUUCAAGAUCAAGGGCCACACGGCGCAGCAAAACAAGGACGUGAUCCAGUACUUAGCCACGAACCAUUCCGUCUUCACCACCGAGGUCGAGAACCGCAAGAAACGCUACGGAGCAGCAAAGCGCGCAACGCUGUCACGGAACGACGGGUCUGCUCCCCCGCCGCUGAAGCAACGCAAAGCCGCACACGAAGACGAGACCCCACCGGCAGCAUCUCCCGGUGCAAAUCACGCUGACACGCCUAGGACUCGCCCAGGAGGAGCAGACGCCGGUGCCACUACAGACACAUUAGCGGCGCAAACCGAUGCCGCCAAGAAGGCACAAGCGAACCGCGAAGCAGCAAGAGCUGCCUGGGACGCACGACCGAAGAAAGUCGUGAAGUAUGCCGACCUGGAUCAGAGCUUCACCGGAAGCGACCCGGUCAUGGGGCGCGACUACGGCCAAAAAGUUGACGUCACCAUGAACGGCUGGGUCGUAGACAAAAAUAGCGGCCGCAUCGAACCAUGCAUCCUUGCAGAGCGCGCGCAACUAAAUUUCGGACUACAAGCACGGGACUGCGCCCCAUUCCACUUAACGGGCAAAUGCGCCUUCGGAAACGCGUGCAGCUUCACCCACAUGUGGGCGAGGGGCGGUGAGAAAACCUGGAAAGAGGUGAUCCAACUACAAAAUAAGGCCCAACGCAAAGGCCGCGGAAAAAAGGGAAAGUAAAAAAGUAGAAGUAAGUGAGUAAGGUAGUAAGUAAGUAUGAAGUAAUACAUAAGAACAAGUAAACAAAUAAGUAGCAACAACUGCCUAGACAGAAAGACUUGCAGUAAAAUACACAGAAGAAACAAGAAGUGAGAAAACAGGAGUGCAUAACUAGAGGCAAAAAAGUAAAAAAGUAACUACAUUAUCAAAGCAAGUACACAAAAAGGCCACCGAGCUACCUAGAAGUAUAAAUUUAUGAAGGCCUGGCCACCACAGCAGCUACGCUGCUAUUAUUUAAGAAAGGUCCACGUGGCCUACCACUGAAUUUACGAAGGACACUUUGUGACCACCAAGCGCAG